AUGACUGAUAUUUUUGAAAAGUCAAUUGAGAGUUCACUUAAACAUAUAUGGAAAUUGUUGGAACAACAAAAGUUACAAUAUGAUCUCUUUAACCAACCAAAUGAAGAAAGGCGAAUGGUAUACCAAGUGUUUAGAGCAACAUCAACCGAAGACCUUCACCUUAUUAAACUAGAUAAUACAUUUUCAAUUCAUUGGACGAAAACCGUUGCUAAUUUUCAUGUUCUUAAAAAUGUUGGAUGCUUGAAUGUAUAUAGAGCCGAUCCAAGCUUUGUAACAAAUAAUAGAAAACUCAUGCUGUUGACUUGGAGCAAGUUAGAAUCUUAUCUCUUUGAAUGUAUUGAAUUCUCUGAAGAUUCGUUUUAUAAAAAUACAACCAAACAAGAAUUAUAUCAAGUUUCUCAAAAUAUACUCAAUUUAGCCAUAUUCUUUCUGCUUCCUUCACCUCCUUAUCAUUCAUAUCCUCAACCAUUGCCUAAGCCCAUCAAAAAGGGAAAGGGAAAAGGAAAGGGAACGGAAAAUAUUAGUCCUGAACCACUUCCUUUAUCUUAUGAAGAAUUAUGUGAUUCCGUGACUGACUCUUCUGAAGAUGUAUUUUUUACAGGGUUAGAUCACUCUGACUUUAAAUUUAAACCUAUUUUUAAAAUUUUUAAUGAAGAAGAAGAAAUCGAAAAUUUAGUUCGUGCUUUUGAAGUUAAACUUUCUGAUUUAAUUAACGUAUCUAUUCCUAGACCCACUUCAAAUCAUUACGAAGGACACAACAAGCGUAGAAAUACGAUUUUGCAAGAUUUAAGUGCAGGCCAUGAAUCAUGGUAUUUCUAUCCAAUGCUUGGUUUACUUCGAAGUAAAUUUCCUGAUCUUGAUUUUAGACAUGGUCUUAGAAUUCAAGAAGGUGACUAUUGUAUACAACCAGAUUUAUGUUUUGUUCAUAAGGUCUAUGAACAAAUUCAUUAUAUUCCUAUUUUAGUUAAACCAACUAUUAAUUUAGAAACUCUUCGUAAUUAUUAUUAUAAAGAUUCAUAUUCCAAUGAAUCCAAAGAGUAUGUUGCUUUAGUGAAUGAAUUAAUAGUUUUAAUUCUUAAAAGUGGAUCAUCCAUGGGAAUUCUCAUGAAUGAUUGUUCAGCUUUGACAGUCCACAUUGAUUUAUCAAAUGGAGUAAAAUGUAACUAUAGAAUAGAUUGUGAGAAUUUUGUCACUUAUAUUAAUGUAAGCUGCUUAUUUUUAGAAAAUAAGCGAGGUCAUCUUAAUAUUCAAACAGUCUUGGUAAGCUAUAUUUAUCAAUAUCUCAAGUCUAUUAAUAGAUCGCAAAAGGCAAAAUCAUUGAGAGUAUUAGCUGACUUGGAAAUUUCCAUAAUGGUUGAUGAUCUUGACUGA